UUCCUAAUUUGGAGUUAUCUUCAUGUCCAAUCUCUCCCUCUUCCACGCCUAGACGCAAUCCAAGCGCCGAGGCCGAGUAGCUGGUUUUGCAGGGGCGAUGGCGGUGAGAUCGGUGAGCGCUCUGCUGCUCCUCUUUUCCUUCUUCUGCUUCCUGCCGGCUUUCGCCGGCGCGCUGGAGCUUCCGGUGCCGGUGAGCGAGGAAGUCCUCGGCCUCGUCGUGUUCAAGGCGGCGCUGCAGGACCCGACGGCCGCUCUGGCGUCAUGGAACGAGGCCGACGCCUCCCCCUGCGACUGGGCGCACGUCCGGUGCGACGCCGGGACCGGGCGCGUCGCCCGCCUCGCGCUCGAUGCGCUCUCCCUCUCCGGCCCUCUCCCUCGCGGCCUCGACCGCCUCCCGGCGCUCGCCGCCCUCUCCCUCUCUGACAACAACCUCUCCGGCCCCAUUCCGCCCGGGCUCUCCCUCCUCCCCAAGCUUCGCUUCCUCGACCUCAGCCGCAACGCCUUCUCCGGCCGCGUCCCGCAGGACCUCGCGCUCCUCCCCUCGCUCCUCUCCCUCGACCUCUCCUCCAACGCGUUCUCCGGUCCCCUCCCGGAGGCUCUCUUCUCGGCCGCCACAUGCCGCUCGCUCCGCUUCCUCUCCCUCGCCGGCAACCGCCUCGAUGGUCCCCUCCCCGUCGCCGCAUUGUCCCGCUGCUCCCUCCUCCUCCACCUCAACCUCUCCUCCAACAGAUUCUCCGGCUCGCCGGACUUCGCCUCCGGACUCUGGUCUCUCUCAAGGCUCCGCGUGCUCGACCUCUCCUUCAACGCUUUCUCCGGCGCAGUCCCCGAAGGCGUUGCCAAUCUGCACAGCCUCAAGAUCCUCCGGCUGAACUAUAACCGCUUCUCGGGAGCCAUUCCCUCCGGCGUUGGCCUUUGCCUGCAUCUCACCGCCCUGGACUUGAGCCACAACUCAUUCGACGGCUCCCUGCCGAGCUCCAUGCGCUACCUCACUUCCUUAACAUCUCUCAGGCUUUCCAACAACCAGUUGGUGGGCGACCUUCCCGAAUGGCUUGGCAACCUGACGGCCAUCCGGCAACUGCACUUAUCCAACAACAAGCUCACCGGAACCCUCCCGACGUCACUCGGAAACCUAAAGGAGCUCAACUAUCUCGGCCUCUCAAGCAAUCACUUCGCCGGGUCGAUCCCUGACAAGAUUGCGGAGUGCACGAAGCUCACGGAGCUACAUCUCAAGGAAAACAAAUUGAACGGGAGCAUCCCGCCAGGGAUUUUCAAUCUCAGCCUGCAAGUUCUCGACUUGGCGUCGAAUGCUUUCACCGGGGCAGUGCCGGCGGGAUCUUCGUGGAUAUCAGAGACCCUGCAAUUUCUCGACCUGUCGGACAAUAACCUCACCGGGACGAUUCCGCCGGAGAUGGCCUUGUUUUUCGGAUUGAGAUACCUGAACCUCUCUUGGAACGGAUUCCGGUCGCAGCUGCCGCCGGAGCUGGGCUCAUUCAGGAACUUGUCGGUGCUGGAUCUUCGUCGAAACGCGUUGUAUGGGUCGAUUCCCGUCGAUCUGUGCGAGUCCGGCAGUCUCUACGUCCUGCAAUUGGAUGGAAAUUCUCUCAGCGGUCCAAUUCCUGAGGAGAUGGGGAAUUGUUCCUCCUUGUAUCUCCUGAGCUUAUCGCACAAUAACCUGAAUGGUUCGAUUCCGCCCUCCAUUUCCCGUCUGAAGAAGCUCGAAAUCCUAAAUCUGGAGUUUAACAACCUAAGCGGCGAGAUUCCGCCGCAGCUGGGCGGCCUGGACAACCUCCUCGCCGUGAACAUCUCCCACAACCGGCUCAUCGGCCGGCUCCCCGUCGACGGCGUGUUCCAGAGCCUGGACCAGAGCGCGCUUCAGGGCAAUCUAGGCCUGUGCACCCCUCUCGUCACCGAGCCCUGCAAGAUGAACGUACCCAAGCCCCUGGUGCUAGACCCCAACGCCUACCUCCCCGGCUUCGCCAACAAUAUGCCCAAUUUAUCCUACCCAGCAUCGACGAUGCCGGUCCGGCGCCGGCGGUUCCUCAGCGCGUCGUCCAUCAUCGCUAUCUCCGCCGCGCUCAUCAUCGUGCUCGGCGUUCUGGUGGUCACGCUCCUCAAUGUGUCGGCGAGGCGGAGAAUGGGGCUCCCGGAGAAAGCCCCGGAGAGUACGUGCUCGAGCUCGAGUAGGUCAGCCGGACCGGCCGUAGGGCGGAUGGUGGCGCUCGGCGCCGGAUGCGCUCUGAAAAUAGACGAACUCAACGGCGGCGCCGAGGCGUUGCUGGCCAAGGCAACGGAGCUCGGCAAGGGCGUGUUCGGCACGUCCUACAGAGCUAUGGCCGCCGGCGACGGAAGCAUUAUGAUGGUCAAGAGGCUGGUGACGGCCAACAUAGUCCAGUACCACGAGGACUUCGACCGCGAGGUGCGGAUUCUCGGCAAGGUAACGCACCCGAACGUGCUGUCGCCGAGGGGAUACUACUGGACUCCGCAUCUGCAGCUAGUGCUCUCCGACUACGCCCCCUGCGGAAGCUUGCACUCGAGGUUGCACGAGAGGGAUGCAUCGGUACCUCCCCUGUCAUGGCCGGAGCGCUUUAAGGUCGUGCUCGGCACGGCGAAGGGCGUGGCGCACUUGCACCAGGCCUUCCGGCCGCCCAUAAUCCACUACGACCUGAAACCGACGAACAUCCUCCUGGACGGAGACUGCGAGCCGAAGGUGUCGGACUUCGGGCUGGUGAGGCUGCUGCAGAAGCUGGACAAGCACGUGGCGAGCGGGCGGUUCCAGAGCUCGAUGGGGUACAUGGCGCCGGAACUGGCGUGCCAGAGCCUGAGGGUGAACGAGAAGUGCGACGUGUACGGGAUGGGGGUGCUGAUGCUGGAGGUGGUGACGGGGAGGAGGCCGGUGGAGUACGGGGAGGAGGACGUGGUGAUACUGAUCGACCAGGUGAGGGCGCUGCUGGAGCAGUGCAACGUGGCGGAGUGCGUGGACGUCAGCAUGGGGGAGUUCCCGGAGGAGGAGGUGCUGCCGGUGCUGAAGCUGGGCUUGGUCUGCACCUCGCAGAUUCCGUCGAGCCGGCCGUCCAUGGCGGAGGUCGUGCAGAUACUGGAGGUGAUCAAGGCGCCGAUUUAAGCAACAAUUUUCUGCCGAUUCUUCAAUCGCAUGAUAAAGCUAGCGAAAGGAAUUGCGGCGCGCGGUGGCUGCUAGCGAAAGAAAUUGUGGUGCGUGGUGGCUGUAGGCCCUUGGUGACGGCAGAAAGGAGACGAGCCCUCUCCGGUGGCGACGACCCAACUGCAAAAGGAAGAAGGGGGCGGCACAUGAGGAGAGAAGUGGUGGCGGGAGGCGUCUCCCAGCGAGCGGAGAGGGAGAGAAGAGAAGGAGAGACGGCGCGACGACGACGGCGAGAGAUGCAGAAGAAGCUUUCUUCCCUGUUCGCGUCGACGGAGGAGGUGGCGUGAGGAGGCUGCGGUGCUGCUCGACGUCGUCCGCGUUGAGAAGGUUGGGGGCGUCUACCAGUGAGAGGAGAGGGAGGACCGCUGGCUCGCCGGCGACGAGAGAGGCGGCGGCGGCGGCGUGGUGCGACCAGGACCCCCCUUUUUUCCCUGGCAGUGGAGAUGACGCAACCGACGUCCUCUGCUGCAACACAUGAACCGUGCAUCUUCAAGCCCUAAACAGUCAAAUGACAAAAAUGCCCUUUGUAUCUCUAUAA